UGUGACCGCCGUCCUGAGCGCCGCGGCGAUGUCCCACGGGCCGAGAAGGGGACGGGAGGAGGAGGAAGAGGGAGCGGCGAGGGGCAGCCGGGCGCGGCACGGGAGCUCCCACGAGUCCGCGGGCGGCGGCGGCAGGAGCCAGGGCCGGCACGAGAGGAAGAGGAAGAAGCAGGAGGCGCAGCAGCUGCAGAAGCUCCAGCACCUGGAGUCCUUCUAUGAGAAACCUCCCCCAGGGCUAAUUAAGGAAGAGGAAACAAAACCAGAAGACUGCAUACCUGAUGUACCAGGCAAUGAAAGUGCACGAGAAUUUCUGGCACAUGCCCCAACAAAAGGGCUUUGGAUGCCUUUGGGAAAAGAAGUCAAAGUUAUGCAGUGUUGGAGGUGUAAACGCUAUGGACACAGAACAGGGGAUAAAGAAUGCCCAUUCUUUAUUAAAGGCAAUCAGAAACUGGAACAAUUUAGAGUAGCACAUGAAGAUCCAAUGUAUGACAUAAUAAGGGAAACGAAACGUCAUGAAAAAGAAAUGAGGAUACAGCAGCUGAAGCAGCUCCUUGAGGAUUCCACCUCAGAUGACGAUAGCAGUGAUGACAGUGAUGACGAUGAUGAUGAAGAUAGCAGCAGCUCCACUUCCUCGGAUAAACACAAGAAAAAAAAGAGAAAGAAGGAAAAGAAAAAAAAAGAAAAGAAGAAGAAGAAGAAGAGAAAGCAUAAAUAAUCUAAAUCUGAUGAGAAUGACUGAUAGCAGUCACCUACUGUAUGCUCAUUGACCUCCCCCAUUCCCUGCCCCCACUUUUGAACUGCCUAGAAAGACCCAAAGAAUUAGGAAGAAACUAGCAAAAGGGGCUUUUUAAAACUACAGAUGGAUACAUGUAGCAUCCUUCACUGGCUCUUUUUUCUACCCCUCUGCAGUGCUGCAGCCAGAAAAAGUAGAGCUGUGCUGAACAAAACACAAUCAUACAUAUCUUUUUAACCAUGAAACUUGUGCAAAGCAUCACCCAACUUGGGCAAAUUGCUAUGUGGCUGCCAGCAGAAAGCCAUCACUACCGUGGUGGAAGAACUCAACAGACUGACUGCUGAAGCAUGUUUUCACCACACAGUCAUUUAAUUUUAUACAAAGCCUCAUUGCAAGGGGGCUGCAGUUUGCACUGGCAGUUCACUUACAGUGAGGACCUGUAUUUUUUUUCUGCAUACUGCCUGUGUUUUGAAGUCCACUGUACUUAACUUGCAGCUGGGGAAAUAAUGAACACUGCUGAAGGAGGGGAAAUGUAAAUCAAGGGAAUUGGAGACAGAACCAGAGUGAGUUUUUUGUUAGCAAAAACUCAGUGUGAUUGCAGUAGCCACAGUUCUAUAAUAUCUAGAACAUUCCCUAAGCUGUAAGACUGUGAGCCAGCUGUGAUGAUGCUAGAUGCCAAUUUCACUGGUAGGGGUUGUUUUUGAUUAUUUAAAAAAAGGGAGUGGUGGUUCAUGUUGGAAAUGAGAGAAAUGCAUUUCUACAUAUACUUCAGUAUCAGUUGUUUUGAUACAUUUGAUUUUUUUUUUUCCUUUUAAAAAGGCUUGAGGAAGUGAAUUCCAACUUAUGUUGUAUGUUUACUAGAACUAUUUCAUGUAGUAAUAGUAUAUGAAUCAUCCCACAAGAAUAUCAACAUCUAAAGAAGUUUCCAAACGUGCUUGUAAGCUACAGAACAGUAGCAAAGAAGUGUAAGCAGGAACGAUGUUAUACACUGACUACAAGUUCUUUCUUUUAAAUAAUGUUCCAUGAUAAACUUGACUGGAACAGCUGAGAUUGUGAUAAGUUGUUAGAGUAAAUUCUCUCUUUUUGAAAGAGAUAAACGUACAGCAGUACAAAGCCGUGAUUUGAAGGCCUAAAUAUUCAUGGAUACUCUGCAAAAGAAAAAAUAGAAUUGCUCUGAAGGGAGUAGGUAAUAUCUGAUCUCAUGCAGAACUUAGUCUCUGUAUUUAUGCUUACAUUAAAGUACGAUGAACAUCAGUAACCAGUGCCAGCAAAAUCAAGACAUCAUACACUCAAGUGCACUUAAGUUUUUUGGUAGUGUUUGUUUUUUCCUCUUUCACCUGAGGCUUUGGAAGAGAGACAGGAAUAUGUGCAUUAAAAAAAAUGUUUUUUCCCCUUCUGCAUAUCUAAGCCAUUUAGUAAAAACAAAACUCCAUUCCUUGCCAGUCAUUUUGAAUAUGAGUUUAACUAAGGUAGACAAGAUGUAUUUAGAAGAAAAAUAAUCCCUCAAUCACAUUUGAGACUUCACAUCUUCAGUGAAGUCAGCAAAAACACAUUCAUUGAUAAAGGAGUUGAACAGCUUGCAACUUAAAUAUUGCUAUAUCCUAGCAACUUUAGAAAGAGCAUUUGAACUGAAAACAAGCUCCAAGGAGAGGGACUUUAAAGCCCUCGUGGUUAGCAGGUUGGCCAUUGAGCAUGCAGUGUGCCUUUGGGGCCAAGAUGACCAGUAGUAUCCUGGGGUGCAUCAAGAAGAGUAUGGCCAGGAGGUCAAGGUUAGUUCUCCUCCCCCCGUACUCUACCCUGAUGAGGCCACUUGUGGAAUACUGUGUCCAGUUAUGGGCUUCUCAGUUCAAAAAAGAUAGGGAUCUUCAAGACAGAGUCCAGCAGAGGGCCACAAAGAUGAUUAGGGACUUUGAGCAUCUCUUAUAUGAGAAAAGACUGAGAGACCCUGGACUAUUCAAUUUGGAGAACAGAGAGGAUCUCAUCACUAUUUACAAAUAUCUAAACUGCAGGAGUCAAGUCGAGGGGGCCAGAGUCUCUUAAGUGGUUUGCAGCAACAGAAUAAUGGGCAACAGGCAGCAACUGGAACACAAGAAGUUCCAUACAAACAAGGAAGAACUUACUGUCAGAGAAACGGAGCACUGGAAAAGGCUGCCCAGACAAGUUGUAGAGCCUCCUCUGGAGAUAUUCACGAUCCUCAGGAUCCAUCUGGACACCUUCCUGUGUUACUUGCUCUGAUAGUAGGGUUGGAUUCGGUGAUUUCCAGAGGUCCCUUCCGACCCUUCCAGUUCUGUGAUUAAUCAAAGCAGUAUCCUUGGGUGAAAUUCCCUAAUUGUUUAGCUUGUUGUCUCACCAAGCUUGAAUGUUCUUCUGGUGUUCUGUCCUCCAGUAUUAUUUACCACAUCAUUACAAGUGACUCUGGGUAGUUGAUAAUACUGAUACAGAGAACUGAUUUAAAGCUCCUGGUUCUUCAACCAGAAAGAUUUAACAGAUGCACGCAGAAAAUUUAUAAUGGCUUGAUUCUCUGUCUUAUUCCAUAUGAUGCUAAGAAAAUCCAUGUUUUGAAAGCACUGGCGAUCAGACAGAUGCUGGAAGCCACAGCAAGUAAAGCAUAAACCUGACACAUUACAGGGAAUUCUUAGUGAGUUUGAGUAGAGCAGGGGUAACCCAAGAUCUGUUCUGUUACUCUGGCUUUUAUCAUUUCAGAUUCUUCUGGAGCUUAGCUUAAUUAAAACAAACUCAGCUUC